GUUGGAGUUAACUGCAUCACAUACACAUCAACCACCUCUUAAACACCCACGUAGUAGGAUACACUUACAAUUGAUUUUUUUGAUAUUCAAGUUCAGAUUUUGAGCCAAUUAUCAGAGCUUACAAUUGAUUCUGGCGUCAAAAUCAGUUUGGAAACAAGCUACUUAGAUAACACAAGGGAAAAGGUCAUCAUCAGAGAAUCGGCGAUUCCGAGCUCUAUAGAAACAAUAGAAGAACUGCCAUCUGUAUGUGUUUGUUAAGGAUCAAACUCAAAGAUUAAGCAGACAUCAUCCUAGGCAGUGACGAUGUUUCGCAGGAUGUUUUCGAGGAGUCUAUACCGACUGCAAAACUUAUCCGGAAGCAGGGGUCUUUCCCUACAUAAUUCAAGUAUUAGUUCCGAUUAUGCAGUUCUUGCAGCUUUCCAGCCCCUUCUUCACAAUAGGCCUUAUGCAACUACUCCACCGCCUGCUGCUUUUGCUUCUUCUUUGAACCAAACUGAACUAGCCAAAUUUGCAGCUAUAGCUGAUACUUGGUGGGAUGCAGAAGGACCUUUUAAGCCGUUGCAUGUUAUGAAUCCGACAAGGCUAGCUUUUCUUCGGUCCACUCUUUGCAGACAUUUUGGCAAAGAUCCGUUUUCUCCAAGACCAUUUGAAGGGCUGAAAUUUGUAGAUGUUGGUUGUGGAGGAGGCAUUUUAUCUGAGCCUUUGGCUCGAAUGGGGGCUUCAGUGACAGGAAUAGAUGCUGUGGAGAAGAAUAUCAAGAUUGCACGACUUCAUGCGGAUCUGGAUCCAGUAGCUUCAUCAAUUGAAUAUCGUUGUACAACUGCCGAAAAUUUGGUUGAAGAGCAGAUGACGUUCGAUGCAGUUAUUGCUUUAGAGGUAAUUGAACACGUGGCCGAUCCCGCUGAGUUUUGCAAAUCCUUGUCAUCAUUAACUGUGUCUAAUGGGGCCACCGUCAUCUCAACAAUUAACCGUUCUAUGAGAGCAUACGCAACUGCAAUUGUUGCAGCAGAAUACAUCCUGCAUUGGCUUCCUAAGGGCACACAUCAAUGGUCGAGUUUUUUAACUCCCGAAGAACUAGUAUUGAUACUGCAGCGCGCUUCAAUCUCUGUUGAAGAGAUGGCUGGCUUUGCAUAUGACCCGUUGACCGGUCAAUGGUCUCUUACUGAUGAUAUUGGCGUCAAUUUCAUCGCCUUCGGUAUAAAAACAGCCAAUAAUUAAUCAGUUUAGAAUGGACAAAACCUACAUAGCCUAUGUGACGCCUACGUGCAAGAGUGGGAACUUUGUCCAUACCCUGAAGACUCCAUUUAGUCUAAUUGAGCAACUUUAUCAAUAUCAAUGUUAAAAAAAUGUGAAACUUUUUGGUUGUUGAAAGAAUGGGAGUACCUACCUUUUGAGGGAUCUGAUUUGGAACAAGUAGGUGUCGAAUUGUGCAAUGAAAUUAUAUUGAUCUAUUAUUAGUAUUA